AUGAUUGCAUUCUUAUACUUGAUCACAUUUUCCCUUGCAUUGAUUACCAACUUAAAGUCCACUGGCCCAUCAAUGAGUCCCGUUGGUAAACUCGGUGGGUUCGUUUCAAAGAAUCCAGCAACACUCAAGUUUUCUGGAUCCCAUGUGUGUGAUAAAUAUUCAACAAUCUUGAAGUAUGGUAAUAAUACUGAUUUCCCCGUGAUUUAUAACAUGUACAUCGUAGAAUCUGAUGGUAAUUAUACCAUUGAUGUUUAUUUCAAGAAUUUGAAGACCACUAACGAAUUUUCCUUAUUCAACGUAACUGACAGAACAGAAUUGGAAACAUUCAACCCAGUUUUGGUUUCAACUCAAGAAAAUGGCAUUGAAGUUAAAUUAAACAUGUCCAAAGGUUUAUUAUGCCAAUUUUUGUAUAAAUUCACCGUAGCUUACCAAUUAACAUCUAAUUCCACUGAAAGUGACAAGAUCUUACUUGCAGGAUCCUGUCAAUUGAACGAAAAGUUUUAUCCAGAGGAAUACAAUAACUAUAUUUCUCAAGGGUUCAAAUGUAUGGAUUACAAUUCAGAUUUCAAAUUUAGUGGAGGUAUUGAUACUUGUCAUGUACAAUACGAUGGUAAUCAAUGCUGUCAAACUUAUGAAAAUGAUGAGAUAGUUAGCAGACAAUGUGGGUCAAAUUCAGAGUCAUAUAGUGUAACCACUCCAUUGAUGCAAGUAAGACAGACUGAAAGUCCUUAA